AGGUAUUUUAGUCGGCGGCAGUUGGUAAUAGAAAUGUCACUUGUCAACUAGUCAAAGCCGUUACACGUGUUUUUUUAAACGCAAAAUUAUAGAAAUUGGUGUUGUUUUAUUUACAAUAAAUUUAUUUACGAAGAAAUCAGUGUUUAAUUGAUUUGUGGUGGUUUUAAAAGUCGAAAAAUGUCGAUGCUUGCAGAGCGCAAAGUUAAGCAAAAAUGGUCCUUGAAUCCUCGAGGGAAGGCUUGGAGUGAAGAUUCGAGUAAAUUUGGGCAAAAAAUGCUCGAAAAGUUGGGCUGGUCACCAGGCAAAGGUUUGGGGGCUAAAGAAAACGGAAUUGUCGAACACGUGAAAAUUUCUUACAAGAACGACAAUAAAGGAAUGGGGUUCAAAGAAACCAAUCAGUGGAGUGAACACGACAGUAAUUUCAAUGCGCUGCUUCAGUCGCUUUCAGGGGCGAAGCCCCACGAGACUGACGUUAAAAUUUCCUCACUUGAAGAAAAAUCGCAAAGUUCACGAGUCCGUGUUCACUAUAAGAAAUUCACAAGGGGUAAAGACUUGAGUCGUUGUAGUGAGAAAGAUUUAGCGAAUAUUUUCGGUAAAAAAAGCUUGAAAGAAGCACCAAAAACGCCCGAAAAUGAGACAGUUUAUGAAGAAAAAAACAGUUUUAGUCACAAUGCUGGUUCUAUGGUUGAUUACUUCAAAAAGAAAUUACCCAAUUUUGGGAAAAGUAACGGUUUGGUUGGUAACAAUGGGGUGACACAUUCGGAGGAAGAAACCUACACGGGAUUUGGUUUCAAGAAACGCAAAUCGAGUGGGGAAGAAUCAAAUGGGACACCAAAAAGAAUAAAAAAAGAAGAAAAUGAAGGGUUCAGUAAUCCGGCUUUUGAUCCGCUUUAUGGCAAUGUUGAGGUACAAAAACACGUUUUGAAUACAAUAAAAGAGGAAGAAAACACUGAAGAAAGCAAUGAAGAGAAGAAGAUGAAGAAAGGUGUAAAGUUUUCACCAGGAAUUGACAAUCAAAGCUGUCAAAAUUACGAAACAAACGAAUGCGAGAGUAGUCAAAAUAGUAGCAAUUUUGAAGUAAAAAGAAAGAAGAAAAAGAAGAAUGAAGAUUGUGACGAGAAAAGUUCAUUUGCGAUUGAGAACCCAAAUUUUGACACUUGUAAAACAAAUGAACUUGGAAAUAGUGAAAUAAGUAACAAUUUUGAAGUAAAAAGAAUGAAGAAGAAGAAGAAAAAUGAAGAUUCGUUUGCGGUAGACAACCCAAAUUUUGAAACUAAUGAAACAAGUCAACUUGGAAAUAGUCAAAUGAGUAGCGAUUUUGAAGUAAAAAGAAAGAAGAAAAUGAAGAAAAAUGAAGAUUCGUUUGCGAUAGACAACCCAAAUUUUGAAACUAAUGAAACAAGUGAGCUUGGAAAUAGUCAAAUGAGUAGCGAUUUUGAAGUCAAAAGAAAGAAGAAAACGAAGAAAAAUGAAGAUUUGUUAGCGGUAGACAACCCAAAUUUUGAAACUAAUGAAACAAGUCAACUUGGAAAUAGUCAAAUGAGUAGCGAUUUUGAAGUCAAAAGAAAGAAGAAAAUGAAGAAAAAUGAAGAUUCGUUUGCGAUAGACAACCCAAAUUUUGACACUUGUGAAGUAAGUGAGCUUGGAAAUAGUCACUUAAGUAGCGAUUUUGAAGUCAAAAGAAAGAAGAAAAUGAAGAAAAAUGAUCCGUUUGUGGCAGACAACCCAAAUUUUGAAACUAAUGAAACAAGUGAGCAUGGAAAUAGUCAAAUGAGUAGUGAUUUUGAAGUCAAAAGAAAGAAGAAAAUGAAGAAAAAUGAAGAUUCGUUUGCGAUAGACAACCCAAAUUUUGACACCUUUGAAACAAGUGAGCUUGGAAAUAGUCAAGUGAGUAACGAUUUUGAGGUAAAAAGAAAGAAGAAAAAGAAUGAAGAUUCGUUCGCUAUAGACAACCCAAAUUUUGACAUUAAUUGUGAAAAUGGUUGUUCAAGUAACGAAUUUGAAGUUGAAAGAAAGAAGACAAAAAGGAAGAAUUGUGAAGAAAUAAAGAAAAGUGAUGAAGAAAGUCACAAAGAAGAACCUGAACCCACUUUGGAUUUAAUUUUAAAUGUGACGGCAACUCCUGUUGCCCCACCGCCCCCACCUAAACAUUCUUCAAUUAAAAGAAGAAAGAGCGUCCGAUUUAGUGACGUAAAUGAAGAACGGAUAAUACCAAAUAAUGAAGAAAAUGGUCUUAAAGAUAGUAGUUUAGAUCUAGAUGUUGAAGAAAUGUCGAAGAAAAUCGACGGUUUUCAGGCCGAAAUCGAAAACGACAUGAACGAAGCCAAAGCUAGGAAAUUCAUCGGCGAAGUUGGUAAUCCUGACGGUGAAAAUGAAAAAUUACCAGAUGGUGGUACCAGACUUAAAUUCAAGUAUGCCAAAUUUGGGAGGGCACCACCAUGGGCAAAAAAUACCACAAAAGCGAAAAGUUCCAUCAAACAUUUGAUCAAAGGAGAUAUAGUUUUAGGUUUUAAUAACACAAAUUUACACGAAAUUGUAGGUUAUGGUAAUAAAAAAAAUUAGCGCAUCGAA